ACGGCGAAGAAGAAGACCAAGGAGAAUAAGAAACUGUUUCUGGUCACGUGACUGAGAAGAGCAUCUUCUUUGGUCAAUUUGGGAUGAUAGCAAGAGUGCCGUUCCAUCCAUGAAAAUGACCAAACUACAAUUUCUUAACGUGUUUUUGACCGAGCGUCUCAUGCUUGCUGCGCAGGAGAUCUACAAAUCAGUGGAAGAUACGAUUUUAGAGUACCAGGAGGAGAUAGCGAUCAGGGAGCGGGAGAACGACCAUCUGAGACGCAGACUCCGAGAAGCUGGAAUUGAAAUAUGGCCAGAUCGGCCGUCCAUGGCACUGUUGGAAGAGGAGGACGGCGAGCAUCCACGUCGCGAGUGGAGUCCAAGUAUGGGACACGAGGAGCGCAUUCCUAUUCAAAUCAAGGACAAAAGAGAUCUGAGCGCCCCUCAGGGCGAUGACCAGCUUCGGGCCCAUGGCUCUUGUGGGACACCGGAGAAUAUGUUCCCUCCUCAACGUGUUGCAAAUGAAUAUCCCCCCCAGGAUGGGCCCCACACGUCCAGCCUCCCUCAGAGUCAGGGUGUUGAGAACAGGGAUAGGGAUCCUGGAUCUCGCGGCCCCUCAAGGCACGUGAAGGCAGAGAGCGGAGCUGGCCACCGAGGCUCCACCUCAUCCAACAGUGGUGCCCAGCCUCUUGCACCGGUCAACCCAAACUGCUCGAAUGAGAACAAUAUUGACAUCAUUGGGGUGGAGAAUGUUGGACAGAUGGUUGGUGGAAAGGGAGCUGUUAGUGGUGCUAACAGGGGACAGGCGUCUUUAAUGCGGAGCCAAGGAGCCAAUGCUGUGGACUGCCCGCAUCAGAAAUCCCCCCUGCAAGGUCACAUGUCGUCUUUCUGCUGCAAGGUUUGCGGUGAGGCCUUCAGUCACAUCGGCCAUUUGCAUGUGCAUGUCCAGGUGCACACUCGAGAGAAACCCUACCGCUGUGGAGUUUGUGGAAAAUGCUGCAGCUCCUCCGGUAGACUUCAGGAGCACCAGCGGAGCCACACAGGUGAAAAGCCAUUCCGCUGCCAGAUCUGUGGGAAGGGAUUCACACAGAUGGCUCACCUGAAGGUUCACAUGAGGAUCCACACAGGGGAGAAGCCCUACAGCUGCCCCGUGUGUGGCAAGUGCUUCAGCCGCUCUGACAAAAUCAAAAGGCAUCUUCAGACCCACAGCCGUGAAGGAACAUAUUUCUCAGGUCAAUGAUGCAAGUGUGUUGUUCAGCUACCCAGUCUGUGAAUAAUAUUGAUGUGGAAACUCUUUAAAGCUGAAUUUGCUGCCAACGACAAGGUUUUCUUCCUUCUUCCCAAGAACUAGAAAUUCCGCAACUCUUUAAGUAACUUAAAAAAAAAAUCUAAUCUAAUACUUCUCAGUUCCUCAGUAGAUUUUGUAAUAGCCAGUUUAGUAUGUCAUUUACUAAAUUUUUGUAUUUGUCACUGAGUAUGAAAUCUCUAGGACACAACUUGAGUUCUUAGCUAGCCUUUCUGAAUGAUGUAGUGUUUUUGUAGUCCAAAAAUUAGCAUGAAGUCUUCCACACAGGCCUUGUAACAAAGAUUUAUCAAGAAAUGCAAGAACGUUUUAGCACAUUGAGUUUACCGGGGGCCAGUCACUUUAUACCAUUACGUUAAGCUCAAGAGCUGCAGACUCUACAUUAAACCUCAGUUCUUAUGUUGAGUUCUACUCUUAAGAAUCACUGUAUGUAUGGUCAUCUUUAUUUU